UAUCGAAGUGGUCAUUUAAGCGAACAUGUGGACAGUCGUUUCCAAGCUUUGCAAGUCAAGAAAACAAUUGUCAUUUUUGAACUAUUCCCAGUUUUGUGUAUCGACUUCAAAAUACGCACGAUUGAGGUGGACGGUAAAAAAAUUAAACUACAAAUAUGCAUAAGCAAAUUCUGUUUAUUAGUGAAUAAUGAGAGCACAAAAAAGGUUGUUGGUAAAGAGUGCAUGAAACUGAGUAAACGAAAUACGACUGUAUCAUUUUAUAAAUUUAAUGAAUUUAAGGGUAUAAUGCUCGUUUACGAUAUAACCAAUGAGAAGUCAUUCGACAAUAUUAAGAAUUGGAUUCGCAAUAUUGAAGAGCAUGCGUCUUCAGAUGUUGAUCGGAUGAUUAUCGGUAACAAAUGCGAUAUCGAAGAGAGGCGACAAGUCUCACGAGAACGGGGUGAACAGUUAGCAAUAGAAUAUGGAACAAAAUUUUUGGAGACAUCAGCAAAAGCGAACAUAAACGUUGAAGAGGCAUUUUUCACAUUAGCAAGAGAUAUAAAGUUGAAAACCGAACGUGCCACUCAUCAAAGUACCACACAAAAUAGUGGUCGUAUAAGCAUGGAACAACCGCAAAAGAAGAGUGCUUCCAUAUUUUCGGGUUGGAGAUGCUCUUUAUUAUAG